AUGGACCCUGCGCAGUUCAAGUUAUUGCUCUCACUUCUGCCAAAGGUGCCCCUGAUAACACGGGUGGCCCUGCUUCACGUCCUACAUCUAUCGAAGCCCGCCAGAUACCUCGAUUUAAGGAGUGAGCUCAUUGUCGCUGUCCUCCGCUCGUAUCUCAUGGCCAGCAAACCGCGAUCCAUCACAUCAUCCCAAAAGCUUGCAAAUCGGGAUAAUGGCGUCAAGGGUAGAAUAUGGGUUUCAACUUAUGCCAGUCCUGCUUCCUCCGAGACGGACGUCCGCGACGCGGUUGUAGGCACGAUACAAUCGCUCCGAACACCGGGCACGCCAGAAAUCAAUCUUAGACUGCCAGACCUUGUGCCUGUUGAGGCUGAAUGGACCGGCUACCGUGCCGGCGCCACUUCCGAAUCGAAACCGCCGGCAAUCGGAGAAAAAGAGAAGUUCGAUGAACUGAUGAGAGAGGUCACAAACCCUCUGACCGUCUUGUAUCUUCACGGAGGAGCGUACUAUCUUUGCGAUCCAGCGACUCAUCGACCUGCCACCAAGAAAAUAGCCAAGCUGACGGGCGGGCGUCUUUACUCUGUCCGCUACCGGCUGGCUCCGCAGCAUCCCUUCCCUGCAGCCCUAAUGGAUGCUCUUGUCUCUUACUUGACGUUGUUGUAUCCUCCACCCGAUGCCUAUCAUGAGGGAGUUGAGCCGAAGCACAUCGUCGUAGCCGGUGACAGCGCAGGGGGUAAUUUGAGCUUAGCCUUGCUGCAGCUGCUGCUGGAGUUGCGCAGGCAGAAGCGGAAGAUACAAUGGCUUGGGGAGGAACGCGAAAUACCACUGCCCAGCGGUUUGGCCCUCAACUCGCCAUGGAUGGAUAUCACGCAAAGCUCCCCGAGCUGGGAAUCCAACUGGGAGUUUGACUACCUGCCAAAGGCCUCCGUAUAUGCCGAGUACAACCCACCGCCGUGCGAAGCCUGGCCAGCAAAACCCCCACGCGCUAGCAUUUAUGCCGAUGACGAUCUCAUCGCGCACCCGCUCGUGACUCUCGUCAUGAACAAGAGCUGGACAGGUUCGCCGCCUGUCUUCAUUUGCACGGGGUGGGAGCUGUUAGCGGACGAGGACAGGUACAUGGCGCGCAAGCUGAGAGAAGACGGCGUGCCCGUGGUAUUCGAAGAGUAUGAGGGAAUGCCACACUGCUUUGCCCUGAUCUUGGCCAAGAUUCCCAACGCUAAGCGUUGCUUUGAGGGUUGGACUGGUUUCAUGAAGACGGUUACCAGCAAUCCGGAGAGCAUAUCGUCCAAGGCAACCACUGUCAAGGCCAAGUCAUUGGAGGAAGUUCCUCGCGAGUUCGUGUCGCUCAGCACGCUGAGUGACGAGGAGAUACAAAAGAGAGUCCUUCAAAAGAAAGACGAGAGCUUGAACUCUACACCGGAGGCAGUCCCAAAACUGUAA